UUAGUUCGGUAAACUUAAUUACUUCACGGUCAGUAGUGAUGUCUCCCAAAAAUAGUUUUUACUUGAUUAAAAUUACCCACCGUUGCAGUCAAAAUACUUAUCAUUCGUUUUCCAAUUUAGACAAGUGGUGCUUGUUGUCAUGUUUUUAUCAUGUAACAUUCUAGCUUAAGUGUUUUGUCUAUAUUCUUAUUAUAUUAUCUUUUUUUGUUUCCAUAUUUUAUAAUUAUAAAUAAAUUCAUAUUUGAAAAAUACACAUAUUUUGAAAGUGCGCCUGACAAAAAUGCACCUGCAGUUUGUUACCUGUCUAAUUUUUAACAGCAGCAUACAGCGCCAUCUCUAUCCGCAACACGUAACUAAUUCAUUUUCAAACAAAUGAUACAGGAUACUGGUUCUAUUCGUAAAUCAUAGAUGGCGUUUUUCCCAAGAAAAAUGUGUAAAUAUUUAGAGUAAAUAGUCACAAAGACGUCGUAAUAAAUAGUACAUCUUUCGUGUGCUAAGCUCAUUAUCACAAUAAGAGCAGUUACGAGAUGACUGGGACUGUGUUUUUUAGUUUGUGCAUCAUUUUCCUUUCAAUUGGUUUUUCUAGACAACUAUCAUGUGGCCCAGGAGAAGUAGUGGACAAUUGUCUAUCGAACUGUCUCGACUACUGUCCUGUCAAAGAGAACCAGGAUCGCGACUGCUUCGCACCUGUAGUGUGCGGAACCCCAAGGUGCAAGUGUGCCAUCAAUAGAAGACGAGAUGUCAAUGGAACGUGUAUCCCAACGACAGAAUGCCCUCCAUUCAAAUGCAAUCGUCCUAAUGAGGAAUACGUCGCGUGUCCGCCAUAUUGCCCUACCGAUGACUGCAAGCAAGCCACGCCUGAUGGAAAAUGUCCACUACUGGGUCGCAUACUCAUAGUGGUGGAGUGCAUACCAGCCUGCCGGUGUAUUAAAGGAUACUGGAGAAGAAAUGGCGUCUGUGUACCUUAUGAAGAAUGUCCGCUACAAUUCUUACCAAAACUUUUGAUUGGUUAAACGUGGAAAAAGACAUAGCGGUACACAAGGAGGACUGGCAAACUCGUGCCCUAGAAAGAGGAAGCUAGGGCCUUAGCCCAGCAGUGGGACAACUUGAACUGAUUGAUAUUAAAAAUAUAACCUCUAUAAUAUUCAAUCCGAAAAUUUGGACUACACCUACUAAGAAAACCAAUAAAUGGAAAGCAAUUUAAAUUAACCAACAAAAUGUUAUUUUUAACGCACUGGUUCACACACA